CGUCGUGACAACCGCUCAGGAAACAAUCGAAAAGUGGAAACCCGUAUAGGAAACAUUCAUGGGAUAUAACAGAGCUACUUAAUACUUGGCAAUCGGUUUCCGAGUGAUUACGCUGCAUUUGCGGAAGGAAGAGACUACGAAAAUGCUACUUCGUGAUCGCAUGGGAGUCCAACAUUACAGCAUUUGAUGGGCUGUGAGAUAGCAAAAAGAAAUCCUGCACGUCGAAUUCGUCCUCCUUUCGAAUCUUCAAGACGCCACUUGAUCGCGAGGCGCACGUUCCUGCACGAAGUCGUUCUUAAAUAGCCUGGGAACUGUCGAAGAGGGUGAAGUGGGUCCUGGAAGAGGACCCGGGUAGAGCGAGGAGAGAAACUUCGAGGAAGGAUCCGACGUGCAACGCCAGGACCCUCCGCAGGACUGACAGCUCCGCGAUGUCGUUCACCAGCCGAUUCCCGUCCUCCCAGCAUACUCGUUAUCGCAGUAGCUGGGGCCCAACCUCGGUUUCCGUCUUUAAUCGCGCCGAUGUGCCGCGACCCUCGCCGGAAGAGGAAGAAUUCGAGUUCUACCACGAGCGGCUGCACUCGGCCCAGAGUCGUCAGCUGAUCCCGCUUCAGGAAGAUCUGGCCGAUUGGAUCAACAAGACGAUAAAUGUGGAUUAUAUAACGGGUGAAAAUUUCUUCGAUGUACUCGAUAAUGGCGUGCUUGUCUGUCGACUGGCAAGGGUUAUCCAGGAAAAAGCGAGAUCCGCGAUAGAAGCUGGACGAGUUAAAGGAACGAUACCGGCGAUACGUGGUCGUUGUUGGGAAAAUGCGGCGCGUCGCAGCUUCUUCUCCCGCGACAAUAUGGAGAAUUUCAUACAAUUCUGCCGGCGGCUGGGCGUCCACGAGAAUCUCCUCUUCGAAAGUGACGAUCUCGUUUUACACGGUCAACCACGGAAUGUAGUGCUGUGUUUACUGGAAGUCGCACGAUUGGCGGCUAGAUACUCUCUGGAACCACCUGGACUUGUGCAACUAGAGAGGGAAAUUGCGGCGGAACAAGAAAGGGAUCUUCACUGUAUGUCGGACAGUGGUAUAUCUCAUAGCAGCCUCUCCUGGCAACUUCAAUCGCCGUCACCGACCUCGACGCCCAGACCGCCGGAGAUGAUUAAACACAGCAGCUCGGCGUCCGAAGUCGCGACUACGGCUACACGAUGGUUGGAUCCGGUGACCGAUGCUACCCACGAACCUGAAAUGCGAAGGUCUGUUAGCGACAACGGCCCGACUGGAAGUGACGGCGUGCCGAGCGACACUACCGAGGACGACUGGUCCCGCGGUAGCGCCGAGGACCCUGACGAAGUGCCGUCGCCGUCGAGUUCGCCAUCGCCUUCACCAGCCGAGCCGCCGGAACACACUGGUCCAAUAACAGAACUCGAUCGCAAGGUGCGAAGAGCUACCGAGGCCGUCCAGAGACUCUGCCAGUGUCCGUCAGAAAAAUGCUCCAAAUUGAAAGUGCGCAAGGUCGGCGAAGGCCGCUACCACAUUGCGGGACGCAACGUCUUCAUCAGGCACCACAUAUCCGAAGGAUGUUCAGAGGAUAUGUGUACUGUUAGGCUUCUCAAGGGAAGACACAUGAUGGUGAGAGUGGGCGGCGGGUGGGAUACCCUGGAACACUUCCUGGCGAGGCACGACCCCUGUCAGGUGAGGGUUCUUAACCGCGAGAGCACGCCGCCUCCCGCUCGCGGCAUCAAGCACGACAGCUUCCUGCACAUUCGGGCCAAGUAUCGCAGCCCGCCGUUGGAGCCUAUGAGCCUCUCACGUCGGUCGCUGGCCUAAGAGCACGUACUUGCCUAAUCAUGCGAUCACGCAACCCCUUCGGGCUCUGCUCGCGCACACAUAUGCGAAAUUGAUAUCGUGUGGUUUUCGGCGCACAGCUAAAUCGCAUCCACGUUUCGUCGCGCACAUGCGUCUACUUAUAAGAGAGCACUAGAUAUAUUCUCAACUAGAUGAACACGUCGAUCAAUCGGCGUGUUAAAUGACGCGACGAAACGUGGAUGGCUCGUGUGUUACCGGUAAUAAGGACGGUAAUUCACGUUGAUUUUCGCGCGCACGAUACAUUCCUUUUUUCCCAACAAACGCUCGAUGAGGGAAAAGAAAGACCGUCUGAAGAGACUUGCGGUUUUAUUCUCAUGCACAUUCCUAUAUAUUUAUCUAUGCAAUUUGCUAGGUAUCUUUGCAGAACCAAAUCUCUCUUCACCGGUACGCAUCGUCGAUAUCCUCGAUCUCCUCGACUUUACUGUAUAU